AUGAAACGGAGAAUCUUGUUAUUUAGUGCAGGAGUUUUUCUUGUCAUGUUCUUUACUAUGCAUAUGGUUGUCGAUCAAAUGGCUCAGCCCGACACUGACAACACGAUCGAUGAAACAAAGAAAAAGCUCGUAAAAUUAAAUGAAGAGAUCGACCAGUUAAAGAGUUCAUUAACGAAAACUCAAAAUGCGCUAGUGCCUGGACUAGACAAUACCAACUAUAAGUCUAAAGCAUUAGUAUCGGUUGACUCAACUGGUUGCGGUUUUGCACAGUCUGAAGCUGGUCUUUCAGCCGAUAUCAGGAUGCUAGACAUUUACAAAAUCAUACCAUUUGACAAUCCAGAUGGUGGCGCCUGGAAACAAGGCUGGGAUAUUAGUGUUCCAUCUGGAGCAUUUGAUAACGAAAUUCUACAAGUAUUUGUUGUACCACAUUCUCAUAAUGAUCCAGGUUGGAUCAAGACCUUCCAACGAUAUUAUAUGGAUCAAUCUAAACACAUUAUCAGCAAUGUUGUUGCAAAUUUAAUUGGCAAUCCAAAUAGAAAGUUUAUCUGGGCAGAAAUAUCAUUUUUAUCGCUAUGGUGGAACGAUGCUAGUAGUAGUCAACGAGAAUCCUUCAAGAGGUUAGUAAAAAAUGGACAAUUGGAAAUUGUUACUGGAGGAUGGGUCAUGAACGAUGAAGCAAAUACCAACUAUUAUGCAAUGAUCGAUCAAAUGAUUGAAGGUCAUGAAUGGGUACGGCUUAAUAUUGGUAUCAAACCUCGCGUUAGCUGGUCAAUUGAUCCCUUUGGAUAUACGCCAACCAUGGCUUAUUUAUUGAAACGGAUGGGAAUGGAUGCAAUGUUAAUUCAGCGUGUUCACUACUCUGUUAAGAAAUAUUUAGCGCAAAAGAAACAGUUAGAAUUUAUGUGGCGCCAAAACUGGGAUCAUGGAACCGAUACCGAUAUUCUUUGCCAUGUUAUGCCGUUCUAUAGCUAUGACAUACCGCAUACUUGCGGCCCAGACCCAGCGGUUUGUUGUCAGUUCGAUUUCCAACGAUUACCAGGAGGAGGCAUUUGGUGUCCCUGGAAUAUUCCACCACAACCUAUAAGUCCUAGAAAUGUUCAGCAAAGAGCAAUGAUGCUACUGGAACAAUAUCGAAAGAAGUCACGAUUAUACCGCUCGAACGUAGUUCUCGCCCCACUUGGAGAUGAUUUUAGAUACGCUGACCCACAGGAACCAGUUCGACAGUUUACAAAUUAUGAAAAAUUAUUCCAGUAUUUAAACUCUAAACCAGAAUUAAAGGUCAAGAUUCAGUUUGGAACAUUAUCCGAUUACUUUAAUGCGCUGCUAAAAACAACGGGCAAAAACGACGACGGCUCUCCGAAAGGAUAUCCCAAGCUUGGUGGCGACUUUAUGACAUAUGCUGAUCGUGAUGAGCACUAUUGGAGCGGAUACUAUACAUCUCGUCCGUUUUAUAAGAACUUAGAUCGAGUGCUCGAGACAAAACAUCGGGCCGCGGAAAUUGCUUACAGUAUUGCAUCGAGAAUAGCAAAUCAAGAAAAGAUUGCAAAAUUUGCUACUAAUCAAUUUAAUUUACUGGUAAAAAGUCGAAGGAAUCUAGGUCUUUUCCAACACCAUGACGGGAUUACAGGAACAGCGAAAGAUCAUGUUGUUGUUGAUUAUGGCAACAGGUUGGUACAAUCAGUUGGUAACAUGCAAAAUGUAAUAGCUAGCGCUGCUAAACUGUUGAUGCUUAAGCACAAAGAAUCCUAUUCUUCGGACGAAAUACGUUUCGAUAUGGAUGAAUCAAGAGCUUCUCACGAUUCCUUGCCCGAAAAGCGUUUACUAAGUAUAAGCAAUACUCGGGUUGUAGUGUUUUACAAUUCACUCGCCCAGAAGCGUAAAGAGCUGGUUUCGGUACACGUAUCCGUACCAAAUGUUAAGGUACUUGAUGCAGAUGGUAAUAGCAUUAAGUGUCAAGUUAACCUUCAAUGGAAAAAUAAAAAUUCUCCUCGUGAUAACAAGUUUGAGGUACUAUUUCCAAUUGAAGUUCUAGGCCUAGGCUUUAGCAGAGUUACUAUACAAAAAACAGAUGGUUCAUCAGAUGGUUGUAAACCUUCGAAAACCUCUAUUUACCAUCAUAAAGUUAAAAAUGACUUAGUAAAAGGCUUUGAUGUUCGGAACGCUGAUUGUGGGAAGCAAUAUAUAACCAUGGAAAAUCAAUUUAUAGUAGCCGAUUUUGACAGAUGCACUGGCUUACUGCAGAACAUAGCAGAUAAAUCAACAGGAAUUAAACGAACUGCUGAGCUACGAUUCCUCCAGUAUAUGACCGUUUCAAGCGGUGCUUAUCUAUUUCUACCAAGUGGGACAGCAAAGGAAGUGCUUAUUCAAAAACCAUUUUUCCGCCAUAUUUCUGGCAUUUUGCGGGAUGAAAUACAAGCUUUUUACCCAAAUGUUUAUCAUAAUAUAAAGCUAGCCAAUACGAAUGGAAUCGACAGUAGAAGCUUACACAUUCAUAAUCUUGUGGAUAUCAGGGACACUAGUAAUCGGGAAUUAAUUAUGCGGAUAUCUACCAACAUACGUAAUACAAACAGAGAAUACUUUACCGAUCUAAACGGAUUCCAGAUGCAACGUCGUCGCACUCUUGAUAAAAUUCCUUUACAAGCUAAUUAUUAUCCAAUGCCGAGUAUGGCUUUUCUUCAAGAUCCUAAACUUAGGAUGACUCUACAUACUAUGCAAGCAUGUGGUGUCGCCAGUUUAAAACAGGGUGAAUUUGAAGUUAUGUUGGAUCGUAGGUUAGGUCAAGAUGACAAUCGUGGCUUAGGGCAAGGAGUUCGCGAUAACAAGCAGACUCCUUAUCACUUUGCACUAUUACUAGAAAAUUUGACUAAAAAACAGACUAUGGUCAAGUCUAAGAUCCCAAUUGCAUAUCCUUCUUUGGUUGGUCAUGCUGUUUCUCAGACUGUCAAUCAUCCUAUUAACAUCAUGUUUGGAACUUCUGAAGUAAUUCCUGAUAGCUUACUUAAACAGUACUCACCGUUGAAAUCCGGAAGUUUCCCAUGCGAUUUGCACUUAGUGACAGCGAGAACCGUACAAGGAGAGGGAGAUUCUAAACCUACUGACGAAACAGCUGUAGUAUUACAUCGAUAUGGAUAUGAUUGUGGAUACGGUAUGACACCUUUGCUUUGUUUCCCACUAGGAAGUAAGAUCGAAUUCAAAAGUCUAUGGAAUCUUGGUGUACGUAAUUUUAAGGAAACAUCAUUAACAAUGAUGCAUGACGGAAACGAACGAGGAGGCGAAGAGUCGAUAGAUUUAACCUUGCAACCUAUGGAAUUAUAUACUUAUAAAGUCAAAUUUAGCGGAUAA